AUGCCCCUUCUCACCGCCGUCACUCGCCGCGUCUCCGGCCGUGACGUCGUCAUCCUCACCACCCAACGCGCGUGCGACGUCCCCGAGAUCGCGGUCGAGCUCAGGGACGUCGACGACGCGCGCGCGUUCGCGGGACAGUUGACACCGCCGCGCCGCGACGACGCCUCCGCGCGCGUCGCGCUCACCGAUCCUCGACGGCAGCUCGUGGACGACGUGUUCGAAUUCGCGCUCGAAUCGUGCGCGCGCGAGAACGAGGUGGAGCUGGUGUGGAGGUACGACGCGGCGGCGUUCGAGGCGACGUUCGGCUCCGGCGCGCGGCGCGGCGACGGCGACGAGAGCGACGGCGACGGCGAAUACGCCCGACGUCGUAUCGGUGUGGUGACGUUACGCACGAUGACGCAUUGUAUCGAUCGAACGGUCGAACUGGCGCGCGUGGUGGAGGAGCGAACGCUGGGACGGAUGGCGGCGGAGGCGACGAGCGCGGCGCUCGAGCGCACGAGCGCGGCGCGUCGAGCGCUGAGCGAAGAAGCGACGCGGGCGGUGGAGGAGACGAAGGAAGACAUGGCGAGACGAUUCUUAGCGCUCAUGAAUGCGAAAAAGAUGGAGAUCAUGCGGUUUCGCGAGGAGUUGGCGAGCGCGGAGACAGAGUUGGAGGAUUUACGGGCGCGGUGCGAACGCGCGCGCGGAGCUUCCGUCGCGGGCGACGACGAGGGGACGUCGACGGGUGGAGCGAACGGCCGAGAAAGUGACGACGACGACGACGACGCUGAAUAUUACACCACCGACGAGGAUCUCGAUCCGACGCAGAGAGGCGGUCGCGUGUCGGCGCGUAAACGUUUCGGCAAGUCUCAGACGCAACCGACGCAGAGUGAGCGCGGAGGCGCCAAGCGUCCGAGCGAGAUUCCGCGCGCGUCGAUCGAUGAGAAGGAAGGUCGAGCGAAGCGAAAAGUUCCCUCGAAAGAUAAGUCGUUCCUCGCGAACACGCUCGCCCUGCUCGACGCGGAUUAA